ACAACUUCGGCUACGACCUGCCGGCGGUGGAGGCGGCCAUGAAGAAGCACGAGGCCAUCGAGGCCGACAUCUCCUCGUACCAGGAGCGCAUCCAGGUGGUGGUGGAGCUGGCCCUGGAGAUGGAGUCCGAGGGCUACUACGACACCAAGAGGAUCAGCGCCCAGAAGGACAACAUCCUGAGGCAGUGGGGCCUCCUGACCGAGCUGGUCUGCGCCCGCCGCGCCCGCCUCGAGCAGAACUUGGCCCUGCAGAAGAUCUUCCAGGAGAUGGUCUACAUGAUCGACUGGAUGGAGGAGAUGCAGGUUCUCCUGGUCUCCAAGGACCUGGGGAAGCACCUGCUGGAGGUGGAGGACCUCCUGCAGAAGCACGGGCUGCUGGAGGCCGACAUCUCUGCCCAGACCGAGCGGGUCCAGGCCCUCAACGCCGCCGCCCUCAAGUUCUCGGAGCUGGAGGGUUACCAACCCUGCGACCCCCAGAUCAUCUGCAACCGGGUCAACCACGUGCAGACGUGCCUGGAGGAGCUGGAGGAGCUGGCGGCCAAGAGGCGCAAGGAGCUGGAGGAUUCCCGCCAGCUCUGGACCUUCUUCCAGGAGAUGGAGGAGGCCGAGGCCUGGAUCCGCGAGAAGGAGAAGAUCUUGGCCGCCAAGACCUGCGGCCGCGACCUCAGCAGCGUCCUCACCUUGACCACCAAGCACAAGACCAUGCUGGGCGAGCUGGGCAACCGGCGCGCCCUCCUCCACCAGACCAUGAAGAAAGGCGAGAAGAUCCUGGCCAAGAAGUCCUUGGGCCCCGCCGGCAUCCAGGAGAAGAUGCGGGAGGUUUGCCUGCGCUGGAAGAAGCUGGAGGAGGUCACGGGGCUCCACCAGCAGCGCCUGGAGGACGCCCUGAACUUCUUCCAGUUCAGCGCCGAGACGGACGACCUGGUGGCCUGGCUGCAGGACACCUAUCGCAUCGUGUCCAGCGACGACUUCGGCCACGACGACUACUCCACCCAGGUGAGGCCGGUUUUACGUCCCCAAAACGGGCGGUGGAGAAACUGCUUGGAGAGUUUGAGUCUUUGA